AAUCCUAUUUGCUCAUCUGACUGAGUUAUCAAAGAUCUAAAAUAUCAAAGAUGGAAAUGGAUGGAUUGAAGGUCAAAAGACUGAAUGAAGGAAAGACAAAAGUGAUCUAUGAAUUAGAAGAGGACCCAAACUUGGUCCUGAUACAUUCAAAAGAUCGUAUCACGGCUGGGGACGGAGCUAGAUCGAAUGAGUUAGAAGGAAAGGCUGUCAUAUCAACAUCAACCAAUGUUGCAGUAUAUGAAUUGCUCAAUAGAGCUGGCAUAAAGACCCACUUUGUGAGGAGUCAGACUGACAGAAGUUUCGUGGCUCGCAAGUGUGAAAUGAUCCCGAUUGAAUUUGUGAUCAGGAGGGUGGCCACUGGCUCCUUCCUCAAAAGAAAUCCUGGGGUGCCUGAGGGCUUCAAGUUUUAUCCUGUCAAAUUGGAAUAUUUUUUUAAGGACGAUGCCAAGCAUGACCCGCAGUGGUCAUAUGAGCAGAUUAUCACGUCUAACUUAACUUUCUCUGGGGUCCAGAUCACACUUACUCAACUGGAGAUCAUCAACAAGACAGCCCAGUGCGUUUUUGAGAUUCUGGAAAAGUCCUGGAACGAGCUGAACUGUUCGCUGAUUGACAUGAAAAUCGAGUUUGGCGUCGACUGUGAAAAAAAGACCAUUCUGCUCGCCGACAUUAUAGAUUCUGACUCCUGGAGACUUUGGCCAUCUGGUGACAAAAGAUUGAUGAAGGACAAGCAGGUUUAUAGGGACCUGAAAGAAGUGACGACUGAAUCCUUACAGGUCAUAAAAGAUAAUUUCAAAUGGGUGGCCGACCAAGUUCAGUCGAUGUUAGCUUGGAAACCGAGGGGCAAAGUCGCGGUACUGAUGGGCUCAUCAGCUGAUCUGAAUUUAGGGGAGGAGAUAAAAAAGUUGAUUGGCAGCUACGGGGUGGAGUGCGUCUUGAGAGUGACCUCUGCUCAUAAGGGCCCCGACAUGACCCUUAAGAUCGUUUCUGAGUACGAAGGGCAGAACAUUCCAUGCGUGCUGAUAGCAAUAGCGGGUCGCAGUAACGGCCUGGGCCCAACCGUGUCAGCCAACACAUCUCUACCCGUCAUCAACUGCCCGCCCAUCUCUUCAGAAUGGGGGCCCUACGAUAUCUGGUCCUCUCUUAGACUGCCUUCUGGACUUUCUUGCACUACAGUCCUCGCCCCGGAGACGGCUGCCCUCAAUGCCCUCCGCAUUCUAGCCCUCUCUGACGUCACCGUCUGGAACAAGGUCAAGGUCGAUCAGCUAAAUAACUGGGUCAAGCUGCUGGUUGCCGACGAAGCUGUUAAUAAAUAGGUCACGGGCCUUUACUAAAUGGGUCGUUUACCUUGAUUAAAAACUAUUUGGGUCAUUGACCUAGGAGUUAAUUGAUGACGUUGAUAAUGUUAUUAUUAUUGUUGCUGUUUUUCUAAUUGUUUUUUCUAAUUGUUAUUUUUCUGUUUCAGUUCCAUUUUACUAGAAUGAUAAAAUCCUCUCCUUUUUUGGUCCCAUCUGGUUUAAUACGUCUUAUACGUUAAUAAGUCUAAGCCACAAUGGAUAGAGACUUAAGACUCUAAGCGAGGAUUGAUAUCAUUAUAUAUCAUUCUUGGAUUGAUAUCAUGAUAUAUCAUUCUUGGAUUGAUAUCAUGAUAUGUAGUUCUUAAAAAAUGUCAUUUUUUUCAUUUAUUAACGUAGCAGUAAUAGUAGGUUAAAAUUCGUUCCGCCAUCGCCUGUAUUUUCGUUAUCACGUCCGUGUUUUUCAUCCGAUCCUAUCGACUAAACUCUCUUAGAAAGACACCAUCAUUAUCAUCUAUUAUCAACUGGAUUUCUGAAAAAUACAAGAAUUUGUAAAACUAGAUACCGAAAAAAUACCAAAAUUUAAAAAACUAGAUCCCAAACAUUCGAAAAACUAGAUCCCGCAAAAAUACCAAAAUUAGAAAAACUAGAUUCCGAAAAAAUACUGAAAUUUGUACACUUUGUUUUUACGUUACAUGGAUACUUUAUAUUUCACACUUUACGAAGAUAUUUCUUGUCUAAAAAUAUCGUUCAAAUUCAGCUCGUGGUUUAUAAAUAGAAAUAAUUAAUGAUUAAUAAAUAUUUAUAUCAAAGAGA